AGGUCCGCCCUCUCAGCCUAGGCUCCACCUCCUGAGCUUCGCUGAGAAAGGUGGGAGGGGUAAAAGGCGGGACAAAAGUUGAUUGAAAGCUCUAUUGACCAACCAUCUUGCGGGAUAUCCGUCCUAUGAUAAAAGCAGCUCAGAACAAAAAGGAGGUUCCCCCCUCCCCCCCCCAGCGAUGGAAACCGGGCGGAGGUGUGGAAGGCAGCGAAAUCACGCCUCUUCGGCCCAGCCACGCCUUUCAUUCUUGCACUGCCUCACCCCAGGGAGCAAAUCCAAUUGGCUGGGCGGUACAUCGUCACAGUGGGAAUAAGCUAGCGGUGUGGGAGUAGCGGGAAGUGGGAGGGAGAGCAGCUGGGCGGGUAAAGGCCAAUGAUUCUCCGGGCAGCCUAUCCCAGAAAAGUCAUCUUCUCGCGAACCUUUAAAAUUCCUGCUUUCCGAAGCACCUCAAGGGACUAAGACUGACUGCCUCAUCUAUCUUUUUCCUCCUUGCAAAAGUCCCGUUUGCCACCAUGAGAUAUACCAAGUGAGACUGAGUAGGGGGAGCAAGUGGUGACUGUUACGCUGGUUACUAGCUGCUGCCCACUUGCUAGCAAACUUCUAGCAAGAUCGGAACUGAGUACUACAUAACCUCUACAAUUCUCCCUGGCGCCGUUCCAGGGCUGGCGCCACAUUCCCUGGUGGGCGCGCAAUGGCCGCGACCCCUCCCACGGCGGACGGGUCUUUUGGUACGUGCAGUCCGAGGUCGCCAUGGAUCGGAUGAAGAAGAUCAAACGGCAGCUGUCAAUGACACUCCGGGGGGGUAGAGGUGUAGACAAGACCAACAGUGCCCCUGAACAGAUAGGCCUGGAUGAGAGUGGUGGUGGUGGCGGCAGUGACCUUGGAGAGGCCCCCACCCGUGCUGCCCCUGGGGAACCUUGCUCCGGGCGGGGACUACUCAGCUCUGCACCAGAGAUUGUACACGAGGACUUGAAGAUGGGGUCUGACUUGAAGAUGGGGUCUGACGGGGAAAGUGACCAGGCUUCAGCCACAUCCUCAGAUGAGGUGCAGUCACCAGUGAGGGUGCGCAUGCGCAACCAUCCUCCUCGAAAGAUCUCCACUGAGGACAUCAACAAGCGCUUAUCACUACCAGCUGACAUCCGGCUGCCCGAAGGCUACCUUGAGAAGCUGACCCUCAAUAGCCCCAUCUUUGACAAGCCCCUCAGCCGUCGCCUCCGCCGUGUCAGCCUGUCCGAGAUUGGUUUUGGGAAACUGGAGACCUACAUCAAGCUGGACAAGCUGGGCGAGGGUACCUAUGCCACCGUUUACAAAGGCAAAAGUAAGCUCACCGACAACCUUGUGGCACUCAAGGAGAUCAGACUGGAACACGAAGAGGGAGCACCCUGCACCGCCAUCCGAGAAGUAUCCCUGCUCAAGGACCUCAAACAUGCCAACAUCGUCACGCUACAUGACAUUAUCCACACGGAGAAGUCCCUUACCCUUGUCUUUGAGUACCUGGACAAGGACCUGAAGCAGUACCUGGAUGACUGUGGGAACGUCAUCAACAUGCACAACGUGAAACUGUUCCUGUUCCAGCUACUCCGUGGCCUGGCCUACUGCCACCGGCAGAAGGUGCUACACCGAGACCUCAAGCCCCAGAAUUUACUCAUCAACGAGAGAGGAGAGCUCAAGCUGGCUGAUUUUGGUCUGGCCCGGGCUAAGUCAAUUCCAACCAAGACAUACUCCAAUGAGGUGGUGACACUGUGGUACCGGCCCCCCGACAUCCUUCUCGGGUCCACAGACUACUCUACCCAGAUUGACAUGUGGGGCGUGGGCUGCAUUUUCUACGAGAUGGCCACAGGCCGGCCCCUCUUCCCAGGCUCCACGGUGGAGGAGCAGCUGCACUUCAUCUUCCGCAUCUUGGGAACCCCAACCGAGGAGACAUGGCCAGGCAUCCUGUCCAAUGAAGAGUUCAAGACACACAACUACCCUAAGUACCGUGCCGAGGCCCUUUUGAGCCAUGCACCCCGGUCCCCUUGUCCUUGUGGUAGACUUGAUAGCGAUGGGGCUGAUCUUCUCACCAAGCUGCUGCAGUUUGAAGGUCGAAAUCGGAUCUCUGCAGAGGAUGCCAUGAAACACCCAUUCUUCCUCAGUCUGGGGGAGCGGAUCCACAAACUUCCUGACACUACUUCCAUAUUUGCACUAAAGGAGAUCCAGCUACAAAAGGAGGCCAACCUUCGCUCUUCGUUGAUGCCUGACUCAGGCAGGCCAGCUUUCCGUGUGGUGGACACCGAGUUCUAAGUCACAGACCCAGGCCCCAGAAGGCAGCAGCUGGAGGGAUGCCACACCCCUCACAGGGCAGCCCCCACCUGCAUCCUCCUUGCUUGCUGCCUGCCUACCUGCCUGAUUCAUGCUCGCCUGCCCACAUGUUCCCUGCUGCCUGUCCAAACAUUCAUUGGCCUGUCUGCUGGGUGCUAACAAAGCUCUCAUCACUCCUUCACCUGGUCUGUCUGUCUCUUUCUCUGUGUCUUAGUAGUAGCCGGCGGACAGCAUGGCCGUGCCAGCCUCCCACACUGAGGCCAGGCCUAUACCCCUCCCCAUCAUGCCCUUUCCCAGGACCACUACCCCAUGGCCAGCCAGGGGUCUGGCUAGCCCAGGCUGGGGAUCUCAGACAAGAUGUGGCGAUGCCUUGGGUCUGAGGUUUCCUCUGCCUGUUUUCCUGCCUGCCCCACCUGCCUCAUGUCGUGUGGGCCUUUUUUUUU